ACGCGCACACCAACCAAAUUCAUCAACGCCAUAUUCUCAUCAUCUCCUUAAUUAAUUAUUGUUAGAAAGGGAAGCAGAGGAGAAUAAAGGAAGGAGCCUCUCGCAUUAAUGAUGGAGAGGGAAGGGUACUGCACAGGAGAUGACGAAUCGGAUUCAGUGACGAUCAUAAGACCCUCCUCUUCCCACAAGGUCAGGAAGAAGAGGAGGUUCAGCCAAGAGCAGAUCAGGUCCCUGGAGAAGAUAUUCGAGAACGAGACCACCAGACUCGAGCCCAGGAAGAAGGUGCAGCUGGCCAGAGAACUGGGGCUGCACCCCAGGCAGAUCGCCAUCUGGUUUCAGAACAGGAGGGCUCGGUGGAAGACCAAGCGCGUGGAGAAAGACUACGGCCUCCUCAAGGCAGAUUACGAUGCGCUGCUUGCUAGCUUUGAAUCUCUCAAACAAGAGAAACAAGCCCUUCUUGAACAGAUAGAGAAGCUGAGCAGGCUGUUGGAAAAGCGGCCCGAGUCGGAUGCCGGGGAGCAGAGGGCAUGGUGCGAGAACAGCGUUGAAGGCUGCUCGGAAAAUAGAGACCGGAAAUCGGGCUGCCAAAAGGACAUGAUGGGUCGGGAAGGAGAACCAGAUAUGAGGUCGGGUUUGUUGUCAGACAGUGAGUGCAGCAAAGCGAUGGAGAAGUCGAGGAAGGAGGAAGACCAGGAUCAUCAGGACGGGGUUCUCGCCGAAAUCAACGGCUAUGGCUGCGGACCCUCUUGCUUUUCUGGUAGAUCCUACGGCCUGGAAUCGUCAUUAUGUUGCUAUCCUGACCAAAUUUCGCAAUGGCCUUGGGAGCUCUGGCCUUAAACGUGCCGACUAAUUAUAGAGAAGAAGAAGAGGAAGAAGAAGUUGGUCAUACGUUGCGGUGAGUUGGAGAUGUCGGCCGUUCCUGUAAAUUACAAGCGGUCAUAACAAGAAAAUGCAUCGAGAUGCUACUAGCUAGCUAAAGCUUCAUUAGUUUGUUGAUGGGGGGACGUAGCCCUCCCGUUUGUGCAUGUAACAAUACUGGACAAAAUCUUCCUUAGUCUCUGUCUCUGUCUCUCUCUCUCUGUUAUUAUGUGGAUCUGAUUUACUGACAUUUAACAAUCAAGAACUGAACUUUUUCCUUCAUGAAA